AUGUCCUCCAAGAACGCGUCGCUCAAACGUCCAUCCCCGGACUCAGACAAUCCACCAGCAGUUCUCUCGAAGAGGCAGAAGGUUGAAUACCACCGCGUGCAUCGUCUGCAGUCUCCCCUAGACAUUGAGCCCCUUGACUCCGCCGUCAUCGCGGACGAUGCUUCCGUGGACCAGUUGCUAAAUAUGGCCAUUGGAGUUUCACUGCGCGAAGCUGGCUUCGACCAUGCAGAGCCCGUUGCGCUGGAUAGCUUCAGAAAUGGAGUUGAAGAAUAUAUGCUUCAUUUCCUAUCUUACAUUCGUGCAUCAAUGGCUUCCUGCCGCAGAACACAACCCAUCCCGCAGGACUUUGAGCAUGCCCUCGAUCAGCACGCCAUAUCCUUGGAUUCACUUCGUCCACACCUCAAAUGCCCCCGCAAAGCCACACAAACUCCGGCCAUCCUACCCUCUCCACCUCCCGACGAAGGAACUCCACAAACGUAUUUACCAUUCUUAGGACCGGAGCUGAGUGCCACCGACGAUAAAAGAACGUACUCGUACAUUCCAAAACAUUUCCCCAAAUUCCCGAGCAAGCAUACAUACCAAGACACGCACGUCUAUACCGAACGAGAGACCGACCCAAGAAAAAUUAGAGAGAGAGCAACCGAAGAAGGACGUCUAGGCGAAGAGGCAUUGAGGAAAUUAACACAUGCGGCAAAAGAAUCGCGAUCGAGGAACCAAGUGGAGGCAGAGAAGACCUUAUGGGGAAGAGAGGAGGAGAGCAUGGAGUCUAUGUUUGAAAAGACGCUGGCUGCACUUCUUAAGAGCCAGGCAGAGGAGAGGGCAAAAAGAAGGAAGGAUAAGCAGAGAGCUAUGGAUGCGGAGCUAGAUACGAUAGAAUUUGGGUUUUCGGAGCCUGUGAGGGAAAAGACUCCGGUAGAACCUGAUAUCGAACCGCCAAAGCUUGAAUUGGGCCCUGUUGUGAACUGCGAACGUGUGUAUUGGCUUAAGAGCGAGGCAACAGACGGGCGCGGAACGGAGCGUCAGAAGAGUACGUCGGCAACAGCUAGAAAGGUGUGAUCGACCGAGCUCCUUUUUGUCCUAUCGCAGCAAGGCGUUUGGGUUAUUCAUAUAUUGGGCGAGCAUUUCCAUUGAAAAGCGUUGCAUAUGCGGUUCCAGAUACCCCGGGGAAUAUCAUUGUUGUAAACUUCUGUAUGG